CGCAGAUAGAAAGAAAUGAAGGAUGCAUUAAUAAUUAGAGAGAAUCCCUAAUUCUGUAAUUCGUCUCUUCGAGCUCCCGUCUCCCACUUACGAACUCUCAGGGAACAAUGUUACUGUUGGGGAUGAUGAUGAAACUCGUCGGUUCAACAUCCUAGUGAAGAAUCUAUGAACCUGUCUCUAUAUUGAGUGUGUCGACUCUCUGGAAUUGAUUUCGUCUUUCGUGGCUCAAUAAUUCAAGUCUCUAACUGUUUUCUGGAGAUUUUUGAGUGCGUUAUCGCGCAGGCAUUUUGAGAUCCGGUUUUAUCACUUCAACACUUUUUAAUUGCAGUUUGCGUCUAGCGGAGAUAAUACUCAUUCCCUGUGGUAAGCAUACUGGACCAUGGCUGAUUUAGAUGAUUUACUCCUGGAGGCAGCUGGAAGAACUAGUGGAAGUGGGAGGAGUCGUCAUUCACCUAGACACAGGAGGCAUCACAGAGAUGAUGGAAGUGACUCAAGGGAUGAUGAUUCAGAUGAUGAUCGGGGUUAUUCAAAUAGAAAACUAUCUGGCUCACAAGUUCCUCUCAAGAAGAGGUUGGAUCCUACAGAGAGAGAUGAUGAUCACAGUGAUCGUGAAGGCGAAGAUGAUGGUUUUGGUCGUGAGCGUGAUAGUGAUGAUGAUUCCAUUGGGAGUGACCUUUACAAAGAUGAAAAUGACCGCCGAGAGCUUGCUCAGUUGACAGAGCUUGAAAGAGAAAUGAUACUGACCGAUCGGGCAGCCAAGAGAUCUGACAAACAGAUGCAUGAUAAAUUAAGAGGGAAGAGCAGCCAAGCAAGAAAAUCAAGCCCCCCUCCGACACAAUCUCGUGGUACACGCUCAUCUACCAGAGCUUUAGGUCGUGCAGCUGAUAGGGAUGGUGCAUUGAAUGAGAUAAGAGCAAAACGGGCAAGACAGCAGGACCCUGAAACUCAUUGGAAAACUAGAGAUGCAGCUCGAAGAGGUUCUGGUAACAGGGGUUAUUCACCUGUUAAGCGGAGAACUUUUACUGCUGCAACCUUGGGGAGUAGUCCAAACAGAGCUGAAAGUGGAUCACAGAGUGAUGAUGGAGAGUCUGGGGAUGAAGCUAUGGCUGAUAGUGAUGAUGACAAGACUUCUGACUCAAAAUUGCCAACUUAUGAGGAGAUAAAAGAAAUCACCAUUCGACGAUCAAAACUGGCAAAGUGGUUCAUGGAGCCUUUUUUUGAUGAGUUAAUCGUUGGCUGCUUUGUGAGGGUUGGAAUUGGGAAGUCAAAGUCUGGGCCUAUCUAUAGGCUUUGUAUGGUACGUAAUGUUGAUGCCACAGACCCCAAUCGUCAGUACAAAUUAGAAAAUAAAACCACAUACAAGUAUCUGAAUGUUAUUUGGGGUAAUGAAAGUUCUGCUGCUAGGUGGCAGAUGGCUAUGAUUUCUGACUCUCCUCCACUUAGAGAUGAGUUUGAGCAGUGGGUUAGGGAGGUAGAGAGAAGUGGUGGACGUAUGCCCAGCAAACAGGAUGUACUGGAAAAGAAGGAGGCCAUACAGAAGACAAACACAUUUGUCUAUUCAGCUGAUACUGUGAAACAAAUGUUGCAGAUGAAAAAAUCUGCCACAUGGAAGCCACUGAAUGUUGCUGCUGAGAAGGAUCGAUUAAGAAGGGAGAUGGAAGUAGCAAAAAUGAAGAAUGAUGAUGCUGAGGUGAAGAGGAUUAAUGCCAGGCUGCAGGAACUGGAGGCAACAAGGCAAGUUCAGGAGAAAGAUGAUAAGGCCCGCAGGUUGGCUGAGAUGAACAGAAAGAACAGGGUUGAGAAUUUCAAAAAUGCAUCUGAACUGAAACCUAUGAAUUCAAUGUUGAAAGAAGGUGAGGAGGGGUAUGAUCCCUUCUCAAGAAGAUGGACCAGGUCAAGGAAUUACUACUCAGCAAAGCAAAAUGGAGAAGCGACAGAGUCUGCAGCAGCUAGCAGUGAUGCUACUGCUGCUACAGUCGGGGCAAACAGUGCUACAGGUGAAUUAGGUGGCAUGGCAGCCACAGCUGCUGCCUUGCAAGCAGCAGCAGGUGCAGGAAAGUUGGUUGAUACAAAUGCUCCUGUAGAUCAAGGGACAGAAUCAAACACACUACACAAUUUUGAUUUACCUAUCUCAUUGGCUAUACUUCAGAAGUUCGGAGGGCCACAAGGAGCUCAAGCAGGAUUUAUGGCACGAAAACAGAGGAUAGAGGCAACCGUUGGACGUAGAGUCCCUGAGGAUGAUGGGAGAAGACAUGCACUGACUUUGACUGUCAGUGACUACAAGAGGAGGAUGGGGCUGCUUUGAUACAUCAUACUACUGCUUCCCAGGGAGGAAUCAAAUGGAUUUUUUCAAGUUCCUUUUUACUUGUUGAAACUGUAACUCUUAAAAAUGUUGUCACUUGUAAGCCCCUUUUUUAUUCGAAAAAAACUAUAAUUAGAGAGAUUGACAUUAAUAGUUGAAUGAUCUUCUGUUGAUAGUGAAGUGAUAUAAUGGUUUGUUUUCUUGGACUAGUUGGCAA